AUGGCUAAUUUUAAAGUUGCAGGUGUUAUUCCUGAGGAAUUAAACUGGGUACUUAUCAGUGAUGGGGGAUCUCAUUUUUGUAAUUCUCAGCUUGCCAAGGUACUUAGACAUUACGGGGCGAAACAUAAAGUGACUGCACCUUAUCAUCCACAAACAAAUGGUCAAGCUGAAGUAUCUAACAGGGAAAUCAAAAGGAUAUUAGAGAAGGCAGUUGCUUUUUCACGAAGAGAUUGGUCACAUAGAUUAGAUGAUGCUCUUUGGGCAUAUAGGACAGCUAUGAAGACUUCCAUGGGGUUAUCACCUUUUCUGAUGGUAUAUGGGAAAGCAUGUAACUUUCUAGUAGAGAUGGAACAUAAGGCUUUGUGGGCUUUGAAAUUUUUAAAUUUUGAUCCUCAUGAAACUCAAAGCAAACGUAGAAAUCAAUUGUUGGAGCUUGAAGAGAUGCGGUUACAUGCAUAUGACUCAUCCAAGAGUUAUAAAGAGAAGGUGAAAUUUUAUCAUGACAGGAAGCUAAUAAAGAGAGUUUUCAGUCCAGGGAAGCAGGUGGUAUUAUUUAAUUCAAGGUUGAAGUUAUUUCCUGGGAAGUUGAAAUCAAAAUGGUCGAGACCUUUUGUAAUAAAGCGUGUAUACCCAAAUGGAGCUGUGGAGUUGGAGAAUCCAAAUGAUGAUGGUUAG